AUAAGAUUGCUAUCCCGGGACUUCUCAACUCGGGACCCUGGUAGGUCAUGUUCCAGACACCCAAUGAGCCGACUCCGUCAAAGACCCAUCUGUCAAAGUCAGGAACUCUGCUGCCCUAGCUGCGGGCAUGUGGGCGGUCUUGGCGGUCGGCCGACCGUUGAUCUUUUGUUUUCUACCCACUCUAUUACCGCAGAGUAGACAAAAGAUCAAUCCUUCGACUUCAGCUGUAUACAAAAGGUCCAACUCAAAACUAACGCCAAGAGGGACCACGGCCAAAGUCCCUAUCUUUCCUCAACUAUCUGUAGGUGGUCUGCGUUUGGAAUUCGAGUGGCUCCGCUACGUGGAUGACAACAUUGAUUUACAAGUCUCAAUUGUUGACGGUUCUACCAAGUGCUAGACAAUGAGACACAGCUUACGGAUUUAGAAGUCAUGGUCAGCAAGCAAUAGGCUUCAAAUGGCAUGUAAAGAGCAGAGGAACAAAGAGCAGCCUUUCUUUCACACCUAGUGGAUGCGAUGUAGUAGCAAACGGUUGGUUCUUUACGUCGUGGAAUAGCAAUUAUACGUAAAUCAAGACACCCGUAGUUGAGGCAAGCUUGAACACCUCGGAUACGCCCGUUUGGGUCGUGG